GCGUAUGGAAUUAAAACACCGAGAGGAGGGAUUAAGCCCCAAAAACCAAAAAGAAACCUAGCCGCUUCCAAUGUCAAAACGCAUCGCACCGCCGUCGCAACCGCCGCCUAGACCGCUGAUAAAACAGCACUCGUGGUCGCCGGACGCGGAUCGCGAAGAGGCAUGGCUUCGGAGAAAGGUUAAACAGCCAUCGGGUCGAAUCGGGCGGAGUAAGAGCGUCACGGACGAAGAUCUGGAAGAGCUCAAAGGCUGCAUCGAGCUGGGUUUCGGAUUCGAGCCGGAUUCGCCGGAUUUGGAUCCGAGACUCUCGGAAACUCUGCCAGCUCUUGGGUUAUACUGCGCCGUCAACAAACAGUAUAGCAGUAGAUUGUCCCGGACUUCGUCUCUGUCGUCGAUCGCAUCGGAAGGUGAAGUAAGCAAUUCGAGCACGACGAUCGUCGAUCAAGGUGAUGAUCCGGAGACGAUGAAGCUGAGGCUGAAGCAAUGGGCUCAGGUGGUUGCUUGCUCGGUGCGGCAAUUCUCCGGCGAACCAAAUUGAUGUAACAAUAAUGAUUAAUGAAUGAAUAUCUUUUUCGAUUCUUUUUUUAAUUGAAUUAUCUCUUAAAAAAUAUUAUUGUUUGUCCGUUCUAAGGUGAUUGUACAGAGGAAUGACAGUUUUGUAAAAUAGCUGUGAUUUUAGAAAUUCAAUUUAGAAUCUAA